AUGAGCCUUCCCAGGGCGAAAUCCGAACCUCCUGCUCCUAAAUCCUACCCUCAUAGAACUAGAACCGUUACCGACUUAGCGGGCUACAUUGAACAAGCCCGUUUCGCGCUCGAGCGGCAGCGAAUCAGUUUCGAAUUCGAAAGAGCCGCAUUUUCUGAAGAGCGCAAGCUGUGGGAAAAAGAGCGAUCUAUCAUGCAGCAGCGAAUAGCAGAGCUGGAAAGGAAGGAUAACGGGACUGUUCCAGCUGUCCCAGGAGGGAGAACUGAGAUACCCGUGGGAACUGAUGUGGGAGAGCAACACCACGUUUGGGAGGGAUCUAGCCCAACUGUUAAGCCUUCACGGGUAUUUCCAGAGGACAUUCCGCAUGCCAGAUCCGAAUUAGGCAACCCUGGGUUUUCUCCAUCUUUGGACGAGGCGCUAUCCCCGAAAUCUCGUCCCCACGAUCGCUCGGGAGCCGUUGGUGUCCCGGUUGAGCUUGUGGACAGUUCACUGGAUGGGAUAACGCUAAAGUCCACCGCAAUAGCUCCUGAUAUUGCCGCCAAGGUGUCUCCCACCAUCCCAAGUGCUCCCAUUCCUCUUUGCCAGCCGGUUGGCACAGAGCUCAAACCGCACCUACCAUCAGAGCAAGCUUGUCUAGCAUCACCGCUUGGUGGGAUACAUAGUGAUAUGGAUGCCACUCCUCUAGCCCCACUAGACCAACCGCUGGAGCCAGGUUUUCCAUUUUCAAUAGCUGAAUCAAUACCUCCCGAAUCUCCGCGCGCACCGCUACCAUCACUAUUCCCUGUCGCUAGCCUCGAUACCGCUGCCUACCACAAAGAGCUGGACGAAGAUCCCGCUCUUCAAGGUCCGUUGAGCCUGCAGAAUGACCUUAACCAGGACACGGAAUUUCUUGAGGAGCUAGAUGAGAAGCUUUUAAGAGAAGCACACAGAGCAUUAUCACGGCCGUCACUCUCAUCUGAUGAAGACGAUGAAGGGGAGGGAUCCGGAGAACCUCCAGAAGCUGAGCCAGAAAUCCGGUUUAAACAGAGCACUAAUCUUGGGACUGCGUUUGGAUCAACGCAGCUCGAGUCCUAG